AUGUAUCAAUAUUUGAGGAAAUUGUUUUGGUGGCCUGGUAAGAAGAAAGAGAUUGCGGAAUUUGUGUAUUCGUGUUUGAUUUGUCAGAAAUCGAAGAUUGAGCAUCAGAAGUCCUCUGGUUUGUUACAACCGUUAUCUAUUCCUGAAUGGAAAUGGGAUAGUAUUUCUAUGGAUUUUGUUUCUGGUUUACCUAGGACUCCGAGUAAUUGUGAAACUAUUUGGGUUAUUGUGGACAGGUUGACGAAAUCUGCUCACUUUAUUCCGAUUAGAAUGGAUUAUUCGAUGGAGAGGCUUGCAAAGCUGUAUAUUAAGAAAAUUGUCAGUUUGCAUGGUAUUCCGUCUAGCAUUGUGUUAGAUAGGGAUGCUAGGUUUACUUCGAGAUUUUGGGAAGGUUUGCAACGUGCUUUGGGUACAAAAGAGAAGAUGAAGGUUUCUCAGAUUCGUCAGAAGAGUUACCAUGACAAGAGAAGGAAAACGCUUGAGUUUGAGGUAGAUGAUCAUGUGUAUUUAAGAGUUACUCCGGUAACGGGUGUUGGUAGAGCAUUGAAGUCGUGUAAGUUGACACCAUGUUUUAUUGGUCCGUAUCAGAUUUCCGAGAAAGUAGGUGAUGUGGCUUAUCGGAUUACGUUGCCACCGUCACUUGCUAAUCUCGAUGAUGUGUUUCACGUGUCUCAAUUGAGGAGAUACAUUGCGGAUCCUUCGCAUGUUUUUGAAUUAGAUGAUGUUGAGGUUAGAGAUAAUUUGACCGUGGAGACAUUACCUAUGCGGAUAGAAGAUAAAGAGGUGAAACAACUUUGUGGUAAAGAGAUCGCUUUGGUGAAAGUCGUUUGGGGAGGACUGGCUGGUGGAGAUGUGACGUGGGAGCUUGAGAGUCAGAUGAGGGAUUCAUAUCCCGAGUUGUUUACUUGA